UGUACCCCGGGGAGCUCAGGACCUGCUGCCACUCAGGCCGUGCCCUGCUGGGGCACGAAACACAAGCAGUGAGCAGUGAUGACCCCCAGUGCGGCUCAGAGGGGACCCUGGGUGAGCAGCAGGGCUGUGCACACCGUGAAGGGGAUGCUCCUUGCAGGGGCUGCAGACAAACAUCCCCUCAGGGUGGUGAGAGGGCAGAGAUGCUGUUCCUGGCCCCCAGUGCUGCCCGCACGGGCUCCCAGGCAGUGUCCCCACCACAAACCAGUGAGGGGACACGAGGCUGCAGCGGGCUGGGUGAGCCAGUGCUGUGUCACCCAGCGUGGCAGGCAGUCCCACCACAGCCGUGUCCCAGCGGCCACUGGCCCAGGCUGACCCACCAGGAUUAAGGAGCCUGCAGGAGUAAGUAAUUUAAAUCCAGAUUAGAUUUAAGAAGCUGCUACGCAAAGGGCAUGUGAGCAGAGGCUGUGCAGUGGGGAUGAGCAGGUGAGAGUCUGCCUGGCACUCCUGAUGUGAGGGGCUGCCAGGGCAGGGUCUGUGCCCAUGGGGUAUUGCCCAGGACGGGUUUUUCUCCAGGCUUGGCUUGUGUGCAGCAGAGGGGAGGCAGCGCUGCUGUGCCGUGGGACAGGGCACCUCGGGAUGAGAUGUUCCCUGCCGUGAAGAGAGAGCCCAGGCAGGAGGAUGAAGCACAGGGACACGCUGGGCUGCUCACUUCGUAGGUGCUGGAGAGAGGCCACCCCUCUGGGCAGGGCUGCAGACCAUGUUCCACCUCUUCUCCCACUGCUGGUCGUGGCUGCAGGCCAUACAGGAGCCCAUCAGGAAGGUGACCCUCCUUGUCAUGGGGCUGGACAAUGCAGGGAAAACCUCUGUCAUCGUGGACAUAGAGAGAGUGCUGGCCGGCGAGGCGCUGCCCGAUGCGCAGCCCGGCCAGAGCCGCCUGCGGGUGGAUCGCUUGGAGGUGACGCUGCUGGAGCUGCCCGGGGCCCAGCGCUCCCGCAGCGCCUGGCGCAGCCACUACAGCGAGGCACACGGGCUCCUCUUCGUGCUGGACUCGGCUGACCUGGCUCGGAUGGAGGAGGCCCGCAAGGUCCUGAGCCGCGUCCUGAGCCAUCCUGAUGUUUCCGGGAAGCCACUCUUGCUGCUGGCCAACAAGCAAGACUCGGCUGCUGCUCUGCUGCCCUGCGAGCUGAUCGAGCGGCUGUGCCUGGAGAGGCUGGUCAAUGAGAACCGCUCGCCCUGCCGCAUUGAGCCCUGCGUGGCCAAGCGGGUCCCCUCCUGCGGCCCGGCCCGUUCCACCGUGCAGGGGCUGCGCUGGCUCCUCCGCGCCGCCGCCGCCCCGGGCCCGCCUGCCCCGAGGGUGCCCCGCUCCCGCCCGGCCGCCCGCAGGGACCGGCCGCCCCCCGGGGAAGAGGCUCGGGAGGGCGCGGGGAAGAACGGGGAGCCCCGGCCGGAGCGCCCCGGCUGCCGCCUCCUGCCCCUGGAGGAGAGCGCUAAGGGCCCCAGGAGGAGGAAGAGGAAGGUGAAGGUGAAGAAGAAGGGCUCGGGGCAGCCUUGCCCAGCCGAAGAGCCGGAGGGACCGGGAGCAGGGGGUGACAGCCGUGCGGGGGCUGCCGGGGGGCUGCUGCUCCCCAACAGGGUCGGGCAGGAGGAGCCCACACCCGUCGGGAUGGUCACUCCCCACCCAGCGCAGGGUAUGAAAAAGAAAAAAAAGAAGAAAAUCAAGAAUAAAAUCAAGUCACGGGAAGCUUCUCUGGAGCAGCGGCGUGAGGAGGUCUCAAGCACCUUUGAUCUGUACCGCCGGGCCAUGCUGGCUCUGAAGAUGAGGCAGGAGCAGAGGAAGCAGCCAUCGUCCAUCGCUCCCUGAGCAGGGAGGGACAGGGCUCGGUGGCAGUGGGACCCUGCUGGGGCGCUUGGCCGGGGCUGACAGAGCUCCUCGGCCAUAAACAGCAUCACUGUCCUCUGCAAGGCUUGAAAACCAGGGAUCCGCAGGGCCGAGCCGAAAGUCCCUCUGUCAGGGCUCCUCUGGCAGUGGGACUGCAAAUGCAGCUGGAAAGGGAGCGGCUGCCCCUUGCUGCCCCCUGCUCGCAUCCUGCGGAACGCUCCGUCCAAACCCGGAUCAGCCUGCGGAGGAUCCGAGCACCAUCGCAGGGGGAAAUCUUGUCUCUUGAAUUGCCCUGUGCCCUGGGAAAGCUGUCUUUGCAGGCCAGGGGCUGACCCGACCCGGCAAUCCCUCCCUGGCUGCUGCCUGGAGCAGUCUGGUUCCUGGCGCUGGAGGGUGGAGGGCAGUCCCGGGAGAUGUGCAGAGGAGCUCAGCCCAGCCCUGGGCCACAUCUGGCAGGGCUGCCAGGACCCUCUCCACACACGGGAGGAAGGUGAUGCCGUGCCUGUGCCUCCUGCAGCCCGUCACUGAAAAUUUAACUUCAAUGGCAGGCGGUGGUGGAGGCUCCCUGCCCGGGCUCGUUCCUCCCGAUCCCACCAUCAAUUCCAGAGGGACGGUGCCACUGGCAGCCUGGCACUGCUGCCCCAGGAUCCCCGAUGCACGGCUGAGCAGGGAAAAGAAAAGAAACUGGCUACUCUUGCUGGCCUGCCAUAAAGUUCUGUCUAACUCUGCUGUAUUCAGUGGUUGGUGACUUCAUGGAUUAUUUGUAAAUCAAUUGUAAAUAGCAACAGCAGGAGUUGUAA